AUAUAGGGACAGAGCAUAGAGUUGCGGGGGGAUAACCAUUGCGGGACGGUUCGACGAGCUAAACUGUGCCUAAAUCUAAUUGCUGGUUGUGCCGUUGUGAAAUACUAAGUUGGAGACAUGGUCUCCGAAUACCCUUCGAGCUGCGGGAUUGUGCGAAGAUCAUUUUGUUGUGACGUCCUUUAAAAACCCACAAAAAAUAAAAUUGCGUAGAGAUGCCGUACCAAUUCCGUACGACGAAGAUGCCUCUUCUGCAUAUAAAGAUAAUAUAGAAAUAAGAGAGGUACAAAGGGACGUUGCAGAAUUAUCUUUACCCAAUCACCAAAAUAUUAUAUUAGAAAAAGAAGAACUUCAACAGUCUGCAGUACGAACAUAUGGAUCUGGAACUAUACUUUUCGACAUUACUGCAGAAGAGGAAGAUGUCAUGGAAUGGAUGCAUUUGGAACCAGAACCACACACACGUGAGAAUGUGAAACGAUAUGUAACACGACGAUGUAUUGAAAAAAAUGAUUGUAACUAUUGUCGUCAAAUAAUGUUAAAAACACCAAUGGAAGACGUAACAGCUAAUGAAAAAUAUAUCGAAUAUCGAGAAUAUCCUAAUGCAGAUGAAGAUGCGCCGACAGUCACGAAAUUAGUUCGACCAACAAAUCUUUUUAUAAAUAUCAUUAAAACACAGUUAAUGGCUUUUAAUCAUUCGUGGCAACAUCACUGGGCAUCCACACAACUUCUUGAAAAGAUGAUAAAUGAAGGUAUACAUGCCACUAAUAAAAUGCAUGCUGAAUGGUUUGACAUUCAUAAAAAGUGUUACAAUCAUCGUAUGCAGGCAUUAAAAUUUUUUAAUGACUGUUAA